UGUCGAUAUCACCGAAGCGCGCGCGCAGCCUGCGCGCUCCAAAGUUUAAUAGUUUUUAUAUUCUUUUAUGGAAACCAUUUACAAUAUGUUUCGCUACAUCCUUCUAUCCGUAUUUCUACUGUCUGCCUCACAAAGCCACAUCAUAGAUAUAGGAGAAGACAAUGAAUUAUUAUUGACUUUUCUGGUUAACCGACACGGAGAGAGGACACCGGAUUCCGAUGAGCUUGCGUUAUCAGAUCAAAGGGAGAAGAUUCUUAACCUGACCUAUAUAGAGGGGAGUGAAGGAUUGACCAAUACAGGAAAGCGGCGCGCGUUCCAAAUAGGCAAGUUCAUUCGCCAACGCUACGGAUCCCAGGGUUACCAUCUCCUCUCUGACAUCUACCUCCAGGACGAGAUAGCAUUACGAAGUACAGACAAGGAGAGGACCAAGAUGACAGCUCAGAUGGCCAUGGCGGCGUUAUACCCGCCUGUGGCGGAACAGCAGUGGGAUGACGGUCUGGGAAAGGUGUGGCAGCCCGUGCCGUACACUGCAGUACCGCUGAAGGAAGAUUACCUGCGCUACUACUCCAAUUGCAACCGAUUCAAGGACCUCAUGGCGAUCGCGAAAGCCGAGUCCCUGUACCAAGAGUUCAAGCCAUAUGAGCAGCUGAUUGCUUUGGUCAAGAUGACCACGGGGAAGGACUUCUCAGAGGACCCGCUGCAGUUCGAAACACUGUUUGAUUUGUUUAAGAGUCAGGUCAGUCUAGGUUUAGACAUACCAGACUGGGCAAAACCCGUCCUGGCUAAGCUGGGUGAAACUGCAAGAUUAGCAUACAGACUCUACUUCAGAACCGAUGAAAUGAAACGCAUCGGUGGUGGUGUAAUGUUAAACGACUUCAUCCAAGCCGCAUCAGCGAUCGCCUCAGGACGUCCAGUCACCAAACGCUUCCGCAUGUACUCCGCACAUGACUUCAACAUUGGAGCCCUCAUGGAGGUGACUGGUAUCUCCCGGCACGAGCAGGCGGUGCCGGAGUAUGGAGCUAUAUUCGCGUUGGAGUUAUAUCGGUCUAAGAGUUCUGGAGAAUAUACUGUGCUGCCAAUCUACGUAGCAAGGGCUGGUGAAUCUCCCGUACAAAAACUGCACUUUGCCAGAUGUGACACGAGUUCAAGUCAUUGCAACUUCGAUAAGUUUACAAAUAUGACGCGAGAUUAUGUGUUGCCAGAGAGAGAAUUUUACUCAAUCUGUGAUAUUAAAACUGAGCUGUGAUAUUAGAUUAAGGCGUAAAUAAUUUCGUUUUGUUAAAAUGAAGAAAAGUUGCAUGUUAGUCUCAGUCAGCUUUGUGUGUGGCCGCAUUUUUGUUAUUAUAUCUUAAUAUUUACUUACUUACGUUGCCAUAAAUAAAAAUAAAAUGUAAUUAUAUAAAUUUUUGAGUUGUAGAUGUUUGUUAUUGUUCUCAAACAGAAACGCAAGAGUUUGUUUUUAUUGUUAGUAACCAUUGCCAUUAUUAUUGAAAUGCUCGUGAAAUCUUUUUAAAUAACUGUGAUAAUAAAUGAAUAAAAGAUAAUUAAGAGCAAUUUAAUGUAGUUUAAUAAAAAAUAGGACUCUAUAUUUUGACAUGCAAAACUAUUGAUUAUUUUUAUUUUUAUUAUGUAACGUCGAAAACGAAAUU